GGGAAGAGCAGAAGCAGGCGAAAGAUUUGGCAGACAAACGCAUUGCAUUGUCUCUCCCGAUGCAUGAGAAGGCAGCUCGAGGUCUGCUAAGUUGAGGGCUGGUGACAUGGACUACGAGAGGAUCCAGAAGCCACAGCAGGGCAAUGGCGGUGGUGGGGCUUUGUCGCCGGGGAAGCUGAGGAGCAUUCUGCUCAUGGCGGCUGACAAGAAGAGGAGAGCUGAGGUGGAGGUUGAUGACUCUGAUUCUUCCAAUUUCGAACUCAGAUCUCAGCUCCCUCCUCACCCCGAUGACAAUGGUGGUAGCGGUUCGGACAGUUGCAAAGACGUAGAUGUGAAUGUAGUUCCUGAAUUCUAUGCUUCGACAGCAGCCAGCUCAGAUGCGAAGACAGAGCGGGCUGCCCAAAGAGCAUCCCUUGCGCCAUUCUCAAAGUCACUACCAUCAAAAUGGGAGGAUGCACAGAAAUGGAUCGCGAGCCCAACAUCGAACAGGUCCCUGACUGGUCAGGCAAAGGACGGGCAAGGUGUUGGCUCCAGAAAGACAGGUCUCUUUGCCCGUCAGCUGUCUGCGAAGGUUGUCGUAGAGGUACCUGAUCAUAGGACGGCUGCUUCUGGGGAACCCGACACAAAGAGGAUUGAUUCGAGCAAUGAGUGUGGGGGCCAGAGGGUUGUUGACUGGGAGACUUACCCGAACCCAGCUGCGGAGCCUUAUGGAAAGUCAGUCCUCAUGAUUGAGAAUUCCAUUGGCGAGUCAGCUAUUAAUCUCAGCCAACAUGAUGCUUUGGCAAUUCACAGUGCCACGACAUUCAUCCCACCUCCAUCAACAGCUAGAUCCGUCUCGAUGAGAGAUAUGGGCACUGAGAUGACCCCCAUAGCUAGCCAAGAACCUUCCAGAACUGGAACUCCUGCUAAAGCAACGACUCCGACACGUAGCCCUAAUGCUUCUCGGUCUUCGACUCCUCCAAGGGGCCCUCCUUCAACUUCACAAGCCAAUGCAUUUACCGAGCGAGUGGAUUUUACCGCUGAGCUGUCCCAGAAGGAGUUGCACAUGAAGACGAGGAGGGAAAUCAUGGUUCUUGGUACACAGCUCGGGAAGCUGAAUAUUGCUGCUUGGGCAAGUAAAGAGGAGGAGGAAAAUGUUGCUUCCACUUCGUUGAAAACUGAUCUGGUUCAUCAGCCAUCAAAAAAUGCUGUUGAGACUCGUGCAGCCGCGUGGGAAGAAGCAGAGAAAGCCAAGUACAUGGCAAGGUUCAAACGUGAAGAGAUGAAAAUUGAAGCGUGGGAGAAUCAUCAGAAAGCAAAAUAUGAGGCUGAGAUGAGGAAGAUUGAGAGAUGCAAGGCUAUGGUACGGGAGAAUGGAAAAGAUGGAGGUUGAAAGGAUAAGAGGACGAGCACACGAUAAGCUCAUGAACAAGCUCGCAGCAGCAAGCCACAAGGCCGAAGAGAGGAGAGCUACUGCUGAAGCCCGGAGAAACUGCCAGGCAGCUAAAACUGAGCAGCAGGUUGAGUAUAUUCGAAAGACAGGCCGCAUACCUUCCUCCUUUUCCUGCUGGAGCUGGUGCUCUUGACACUUGAGGUUGUAGAUUUGGUUAAGAUUGUCAAGCCAUUUAAUGCAAUCGAGAUUUGUUGUACUAUGACACGUUUCCUCAAGUAUUAUGUCAUACGGAAGAUUAUAUUGAUGCGUUUACAUGUUCAUUAUUGUUGGAACCAGCUGAGACGAGUAAGUCGAGGCCUGUGUGUCAUAUAUACCAGCAUAUUGAUUCGGUUCAA